ACCACUACCACCACCACCACCACCACUACCACUACCACUACCACCGCUAUGCCCUGAUCACUCAUUCUCUCCGCCGCCGCCUCUCGACUGCGAUACACCCUCACUACCACUUGCACCACUUGCACCACCACCACCGCCGCCGUCGCCGCCGCCAAUAACCCCCCUUCCCCCUUCGCCGCCACCAUGGGCCUGCUCCAAGACCUCUCUGUCGCCUUCGACGCCAACUUUGGCCACACGCCCACCUGGAAACUCGUCUCCUCCGCCCUCGCCCUCUUCUUCACCCUCUCCGUCGUCCUGAACGUCUUGCGCCAACUGCUCUUCCGUGGCAGCAAGACCGAACCACCGCUCGUCUUCCACUACGUCCCCUUCAUCGGCAGCACCAUCUCCUACGGCAUCGAUCCCUACAAGUUCUUCUUCUCAUGCCGCGAGAAAUACGGCGAUGUCUUCACCUUUAUCCUCCUGGGCAAGAAGACGACGGUAUGCUUGGGGACCAAGGGCAACGACUUCAUUCUGAAUGGAAAGCUGCGCGAUGUGAAUGCGGAAGAGAUCUACAGUCCGCUCACCACGCCCGUUUUUGGCAAGGAUGUGGUCUAUGAUUGUCCGAAUUCGAAGCUCAUGGAGCAGAAAAAGUUUGUCAAAUUCGGCCUGACUUCCUCGGCUCUGCAAUCCUAUGUCACCCUGAUCGCCGAAGAGACGCGCCAGUUCUUCUCCAAGGACAACCCCCACAAGCGAUUUGCCUCGAGCAGUGGCACGGUGAACUUGCCUCCUGCUCUUGCCGAACUGACCAUCUACACUGCCAGCCGCUCGUUGCAGGGCAAGGAGGUUCGCGACAAAUUCGACUCGACCUUUGCCGAUCUCUACCACUACCUCGACAUGGGCUUCACCCCUAUCAACUUUAUGCUGCCAUGGGCACCGCUUCCACAGAACAGGAGACGCGAUUAUGCGCAGAAGAAGAUGGCCGAAACGUACAUGUCCAUCAUCAAGCAGAGACGUGAGGCCGGAGAUGCCACGUCGGAGACCAGAGAAGAGGAUAUGAUAUGGAACUUGAUGAACUGCGAGUACAAGAACGGCGCACCCAUCUCCGACCGCGAGAUUGCCCACAUGAUGAUUGCCCUUCUCAUGGCAGGCCAGCACUCCUCCUCUUCCACAUCUUCAUGGAUCCUUCUCCGCCUCGCCACCCGCCCCGACAUUCAAGACGAGCUCGUCCAAGAGCAAAAGGACGUGCUCGGUGUCAAUCCCGACGGCACUAUCAAAGAUGUCAGCUACGAAAAUCUCUCCAAACUCACCCUCCUCGGCCAAGUCGUCCGAGAGACGCUCCGCAUCCACGCCCCAAUCCACUCCAUUCUCCGCAAAGUCAAAUCCCCCAUGCCCGUCGAAGGCACUCCUUACGUGAUUCCCACCACGCACUCUCUCCUCGCCGCCCCCGGGGCCACGAGCCGAAUGGAUGAACACUUUCCCGAACCCUUGUUGUGGGAACCUCACCGAUGGGACGACACACCUCGGGACGAAUACGCGCACUUGGUUCCCCGCAUGGUGACGGAAGGCGUCGCCGAAGAAAAGGAAGACUACGGCUAUGGACUCGUGAGCAAAGGCGCCGCAUCACCGUAUUUGCCGUUUGGUGCAGGCCGACAUCGUUGCAUUGGAGAGCAAUUUGCAUAUUUACAACUGCAGACCAUUACCGCCAUGGUGCUGCGAGAUUUCAAAUUUUACAAUGCUGAUGGGAGUAGCAAAGUUGUCGAUACGGAUUAUAGUAGUUUGUUUUCGAGACCGUUGAGUCCUGCCAUUGUGAGAUGGGAGAGGAGGGAAAAGAAGUAAGUAGGUAGGCACCUUGGCUAGUUAAUAAUAGUUUGUUUUU